AAAUGGGCUGAGAAUUUUCAAACCCAAGAAGCUGAAAGCAAACUUAAAGCAAAAGCUAAUGAAGUUAGUGGUAACACUUUUGAAAUUCUUGGACAAUUUAAUAAUGAAGAAGAAUUUUCUACUGAAGAUAUUGAAGACACUGAGGAUUCUGAAACUGAACGCAAUAUGGAAGAAAAUGUUAACAUAUCUGAAGAUAUUGAAGAUAUAGAAGAUUCUGAAACUGAACGCAAUAUGGAAGAAAAUGUUAACAUAUCUGAAAUGCUUAAACACCUUAAUAAUGAAAAAGAAUUUUCUACCAAAGCUAAUGAAAAUAUUGAAGGUUCUAACGAUUAUGAAAAUUCUAUACGAAAUUGGCUUCUUUCUUGGGUUAAACCCGAAGGUAAUCGACCUUUGGAGGACCUAAAAGAUGAUUCUAAUGUUUGGCAAAUGUCUAGGGCCGAAAGAAUAAAACUGCACGAUUUUUGGAAGGAGAGUAUUCAAUCAGAAUAUCUUGAAGAACUU